UUCUAAAUAACUAUAAAAUAAUCAUCUCCUAAAUUCUCUAACUCUACUUAUAGAAGAAAGGACUAUUAAGCACUGUAAAUUCUUCAAAAACAAGGUAAAAUUUGAGCCAAAUUCUGUAAUAUCUUCGAUAUUGCUUUACUUAAGAGAUUUUUAGGUGUUGAUUCAGUAUGUUUCUCUACACUCUACCUUUAUUGUUUGUAUUAGUCUGUGUCUGGUUAUCAAGGCAUGCCUGUCUCUAGGCUGUGGAGUUAUGUCAGCCCUAUUUGUUCUGCAACAAGCCAUCUCUGUGUUAAUAAAUCUUAGACUCUUAGUAUCAAUAUUCAAAACGAAAAAUAGAGGAAAGGACCAGAAGGAACAAAAUAAUAUAUGCUCACCUGGAUUUUAGAGAGCCUAAUAUACCCACUUCGCGAAAUAUUGAGCAGAAAUCAUACAUGAGGAGGACCUUUUCAAGCAGAAUGAAGAGCAGGGAUAAGCCAAGGAUUCAUACUGAUGUUUCCAAGAGUCCUUUUAAUCCUAAAAACCCAAUGAAGAAGAAUACUGAUUUUGAGGAAAUUAUGAAGAACUUUGAUUUCCAUUGCAGCAAAGUUGGAAUGAUGACACCAGGAACAACCAAGAACAAAAGACAUAAGAUGCCAAAUUUAUCUACCACAGUGUCUGCAGCCAAUCUCAAGAGCGAAGCCAAUUUCUUUGGUUGAAGAAAAACACCAAGGGUUACAACAAUUCAGAAACAAGGGGAAAACUGAGGGACUAGAUCUACUAAGGGAUUGAGCUUGGCUCCACCAAAGUUCGACAACUAUAUGAAUAAUGGCGAUAAGGGUAGUAAGACAAUAAAGUCAAUCAGUAGCAAGAAAGACCUCUCCUGUACGGAUAAUCUCUCCACUAAAGGAAGUUCUCGGCCUAGGAAAUAAGAUCAAUUUAUCCCCGUUCAACUUGAGUAGUUCAAACAAGGCAAAGAAACUUGAUAGUAAAUCUGAGUCUUUGAAGAGGCAUAAUUUUAAAGCUAGGAAGAUUCCCAAGAGCCAUAAAGUUCCCUUCAUGGUGUUUCAUUCUACUAAAGAUUUGACUUGAUUCAGGAAGCCGGGUGAUCGAAAAGAUAGUGAGAACAGAAGAACCAAGGUAGUUGUCAAGACUCCGUACGACGAGCUUUGAAAUGUGAAUAAUGAUAAUGAAAAGAGUCCUCUCAAAACCUUAUCUAUCAAUGAGGUUACACUGAAAUGUAACAAGACUAAUGACUUUAUCCCAAAAAUCAAGAAAAUAAAGGACCUAGGAUUGACAGACUUGAAAGUAGGCCAUGAAAUUGAGACCAAGAACAAAGGGCAAGACAAAAUGGACACUAUUGAUGAAAGAGAGAAUAGCUAUGAUAGUGAAGAUUCUUGAGCCAAGUUCGUCAACGAGAUCAAUACUCAGAUAGCAGAAAUUUAUGAUAUUGUAGAUAUUGAGGCAGAGGAUCAACAGAACCAACUUGAGUCAAUCAUACGCAAUGGUACAUCACAGAGUAAGAUGGAUAUUACGAAUUAA